CAUCACGUGGUUUUGUUUACAAGGAAGAGGCGCCAGUGAUGGACGAUGUGGCGACUGUGCACGUCAGUCUAGAAUAAUUAGGUCUAGCACGUGUGUAAAUCAGAUUGGUAGUUUUUAAAUCAACCUAAAAGCAGCAGCUAUGCGGUCUUUGAACUUUGUUCAUCGGGUCGGUUUGGAUUUUACAGGAACGAUGUUUCCACACGCGAUCUGUUUGGGAGACGCAGACAACGACUCGCUGAAUGAGCUGAUCGUUGGAGACACGAGUGGAAAGCUGCUGGUUUACAAGAAUGAUGAUUCCAAACCCUGGAUCACCAGAACCUGUGUGGGAAUGCUGACGUGUGUUGCAGUCGGAGAUGUUUGCAACAAAGGGAAGAACCUUGUCGUUGCUGUGGGAGCAGAAGGCUGGUUUCACCUUUUUGAUCUGACAGCUGCAAACCCAAACAAGUCAGAUUCUUCCAGCCAACAUGAGUUCCUGUCAUCUGAUGAUCAGAGGCCUUUCUUCACCCAACACAUUCCUGCCAACACCAAAGUCAUCCUCAUUAGCGACAUCGAUGGAGAUGGGCGCUGUGAGCUGGUGGUGGGCUACACAGACCGGUUGGUGCGAGCUUUCCGUUGGGAGGAACCGUCUGACAGCUCAGAGGGGGGGUCGGGUCAGCUGGUUCUGCUCAAGAAGUGGCUUCUUGAGGGACAGGUCGACAGUCUUUCUGUGAAUCCAGGUCCUGAAGGUAUACCUGAGCUGAUGGUGUCCCAGCCGGGAUGCGGCUACGCUAUCCUGCUCUGCACCUGGAGGCAGCAAGACUCCACUGAGUCUGAGGAGGAUGACCCUGCCACACCGGGAUGUGAAGGGCCCUCCAGAGAUGUAGUUCUCCACCUAACCACCGGGCGGAUACACAACAAAAAUGUUUCCACUCAUCUCAUUGGCAGCAUAAGCAAAGGUAGAAAUCAGAGGAAACUUUUACUGAUUAGUUUUGUGGAUCUUUGUUACUGGUCUUAACCCAUUCACUGCCAGCUGUUUCCUGAUCAGAAAAGCCAGUCACUGCCAGCAUUUUUCAGCGUUUUUACUGAUUUUUAAGAGUCACAGAACGUUGUGUGCAAUGAUGUUUAUGUUUAUGUAUUUAGCAGACGCUUUUGUCCAAAGCGACUUACAAGUGAUAAUCGGCAUGUUGCCCUUGAGGCUAACAACAACAAUAACAACAACUUGGCAUCAAUCAUGGAG